CGGCGUUGACAAUUUAAGGACAAAAUCCUCUGUUUCUCUACAUCCAUACAAAUGUAACAGCGCCCUUAAUACCUGGAAAAAAAAUCUAAUAAAAUACUGUAAUACUUAACCAUCUCAUUAAACCUCUUUUUUUCCAUUUUCUCUGCUGACUAAUUCUCUUAAAUUCUAAAAUCUAGCUAGGCAUAGAAAAACAAAUCCCAAAACAGAGUCCUCUGUUUCAUUUUUUUUCUUACUAUGCCCGCCGAAAGGCUCGUUCAUCCAAAUCGCCACAUCGUUAUCUCCUUCAUCCAUGGAUUCCGGUUACCCCAAAAACUACGCCAUGUUCUCUGAGAACGAAGGAGGCCUUAAGCCACCGCCUUACCGCCGCAACAUCCCUCGGUACCACUCACACAACAGCAAAAAAUCCAGCUCCAGCUGCUGUUUCCGGUGCAUAGGCUGCUUCUAUUGCUGCCUUUUCCUCCUGGUUUUUCUCUCUGCUGUCCUCACUUUCUACCUCUACACAAUUUACAGGCCCCAGGUCCCAAACUACGGCGUCAACAACUUCUCCGUCAACACCUUCAACGUCAUGAAGGACUUCAGCCUCGUCGCCGAGUUCGUCGUCGUCGUAAAAGCCGACAACCCGAACGAGCAUAUCGGGUUCAUCUACGGCAAGGAUAGCUACGUCAUUGUCACGUAUACGAAUUCGGAACUCUGCUCCGGGAAGCUGCCGGCGUUUCACCAGCCGGUGAAGAACACGACUCUGAUGAGUGUGGAAUUGAAAGGGAAGAGUGAGUUCGGGUCGGGGCUCCAGGAGGCGCUCAUGGAUAACCGUCACACCGGGAAGAUUCCUCUGCUUGUAAUGGUCAAGGUUCCAGUGAGUAUCGUCUUGGGGAGUCUUCCGUUGAGGCAGGUUGUGGUGUUUGUUAACUGUUCGUUGGUCGUUGAUAACUUGCAACCGGACAAGAAAGCCAGGAUUUUGUCCAGUAAAUACAGUUACAAUGUCGAGUUUUGAAUAUUCGUGAUCAAGAUUUUGAUUAGGAGAAGGAAGAAUUUUGAAUUAGUGUUUCUCAUAAUGCAUGCAUGCA